AAACUAACGUCCCCGGCCAGGUCGGAAGUUGACAGAAAUCCGAGCUUUCCUCAACGCGUCACGGUGCUGAAUGCGGAAGCAGGUGAAGAAGGUUUUCAUGUCGGCACUGCGAGCAACUGUAAAUACUGUUGUGCCUGUGAAACAGGGAUUUAUGUGAACCUGCAUUUCCAACUCCUUAGCGACUAACCCCUCGGCCAUGUCUCAGAGGGACCUGAAGGAGGCGUUCGUCAGUAACCUCAGUGGGACCAGUCUGCAGGAGGUGGGACUGGGUACAUUUAUCUCGCCGUUAUGCCUCAUCAACAGAGGUCUGCUGCUGAUCCUCUACCAACAGGCCAAAGGGACGUUUCCGCUGCCGCUGCCUCUGAUCUCUCACCUGCUUCUGGACUUUUCCGUGCUCGUUCUCCCCCUCGUCGUGUCGUGCACCGUCCUGAGCGGCCUUCUUCACCAGGUCAUCGCGAGCUUAGCCUUGGUCGCGGCCUGUGUGUUUUGCUGUAUCCGCCGCACCGACGGUCGACCUUCUACUCGGCACUCAAAGACCACCGUCGGCACCUUCCUUCAGAGUCACGUUCAGUUCAACCACGUUCCCUUUGUGACUGUCUUCAGAGUGCUCGUCAAUGUGAAAACGGCCAUCAGCAUCCUUGCAGUAGACUUCAGUGUCUUCCCAAGACGUUAUGCUAAAACGGAAACCUAUGGAACGGGGGUUAUGGACUUUGGCGUCGGAGCGUACGUCUUUGCGAAUGCCCUCGUCUGUCCAGAGGCACGGAGAAAGAACAUCUCUGGAUCGAAGAUGAAUCAUAUCAAAAAGCAGCUCUUGUCCGUGUGGCCUCUGGUUGUUCUUGGUAUGGUAAGGCUAGUGAGUGUCAAAAUGACAGACUACCAGGAGCAUGUGACAGAAUAUGGCGUCCACUGGAAUUUCUUCUUCACGCUCGCCAUCGUUAGAGUGGUGGCUUCAACUCUUUUGGCCAUUCUACCAGUCAGUCAGUCGUGGGUCUGUUCGCUUCUCAUCAGCGGGAUUUAUCAGCUCACCCUGGAGACAUCGGGGCUGAAGGCGUUCAUUGUCCACAACAACGACAGAGAAAAGGACUUUCUGCACGCUAACAAGGAGGGAAUAUUCUCUGUUGUGGGCUAUGUGGCCAUCUACAUGGCAGGGGUUCAAGUUGGACUCUAUGUAAUGCAGCCGAGAUCCCAAGUUAAAGAGUGGCUCAAAGUACUUUUAAACCUCCUAUUAGGUAGUGUUGUGCUUUAUGCUGCUUUGUACACAUGUCAGACACUGGUGGAGCCGGUGUCUCGUCGCUUGUCUAAUUUACCUUUCUUCCUCUGGAGUGUGGCACAGUCUAUGUUUUUUCUUUCCUGUCUUGGUAUAGCUGAUAUGGUUUUACUGUUUUCCAAAAGAACAUCAGGGUCUCACUUUGUACCCUCAUCGUGGAAUUUGCAUGAAAAACAAUCAGACUCCAACAAAAAGACUGGUGAAAUAGACAGAUUCUGCCUUCUCCAGGCUGUCAGCAGGAAUCAGUUGUUAUUUUUCUUGCUCGCAAACGUCAUGACGGGACUGACCAACUCAGUGGUGGACACGCUUGGCUGUAGCAGUUCAUUUUCAGUGUGUGUUUUGUUGACAUACAUGUUCAUGAAUUGCUUUGUAAUAUGUGGUUUACAUCACUGUGGAAUUACAGUGAAAUUCUGGUGAAAUUACAAUUUUGGUAAAUGUGUAAGAUGUAAAUAUGUACAUUACUGUGUUAUAACAAGGGUUGAUCGGUAAUGCUUAAGAUACUGUGCAUGAGCUGUAAAAUGAUGCAAAUAAAUAAUCAAUAAAAUCC